AUGAUUUUUUCUCUAUCUGAGUGCAUCAUCUGGGUCUCCUUAUUCACUGCCGAGUUUAUCGCUAUAGUAACAGUGAACCUUCUCUCCAUCAUUCUUUUUAUAAAGAACAGAAGCCUUCGCACUCGCAGCAUGCACUUAGUUAUAAGCUUAACCGUGGCUGACAUGUUGGUUGGAGCCCUUUCCGGGGGAGUUAGUCGGUUAUUGGGUAUCCUUCAGGAUUGCCGCGUUGUAAAAUUUAAUUUAGCACACUGGGAAAACGACAUUUUAUACUUAGUUCUUCUCCUUUUCUUUCCUCUUGUCUCCCUGACAAACAUUGCUAUGAUUUCUUUAGAGCGAUUUCACGCCACGUUUCGACCAUUUAGGCAUCGGCUUAUCAAGAGAUGGGUCUACGUGGUGGCAAUUGCUGUUGUCUGGAUUUUUCCUGCAGUCAUUCGGGUGGUAGGAAUGCUUUAUGAGACGAGAUACAUGUAUAAUCACCUUUACUUGUUGGAAUCAUACUGCUGUUUGUGUUUACUUGUUACCUUUGUUUCUUACACGUCCAUUUUUUUCAAGUCUCGUUUUGGAGCUCAUCCUCAGCGCCAUUGUGCAGCUGCUUUAAGACAAAGAAAACUGACCGUCACGUUGUUUAUAACAACUUUAGUGUCUUUACUGCUAUGGCUACCAUACAAUAUCAGUGUUUUCCUUGAAUCGACACAUGCUAUAAUUCUUGAUUCCCUUUCUUUCUCAGAAUAUUUUCGUUUGAAUUAUUCAUUAAUUUUUUGGUUUUUUGCAAACUCCCUUGUAAAUCCCAUUUUAUACACAAUCAGGAUGUCAGACUUUCAAAAAGCUCUCCUCUCAUUGUUCAGACGUCAUCAAAGAGAAAAUGCUGCUAUCCCGCUAAAUCGUUAUUAA